UCCCUCUAUUUUUUUUUUCUCCUCACUCUGAACAUUCAAAGAUCUUCGUUUCUAAAAGCGAUCAUGCUCCUUCGAACAACAAGAAAAAUGGGGCGUUAUUGAUAGAAGCUGAGAGAGGAUCGUCACACCAGAUUCUCCCUUAUUGCUUUCCACAUUCAGGAAUCGAAGUGAGAACGACAUUAUUCGCGUUUGUGGGGGAAAUGGCUGCCUUGAAUGGUAGUAAUGGAAGUUCAUGCCCUAAGCCCAUGAAGGCUACGUCUAAUGGAGUGUUUCAGGGUGAUGAUCCUCUUGAUUAUGCUCUGCCGCUUGCCAUCCUGCAGAUAUGCCUUGUGGUUUUGCUCACACGGGUUCUCGCUGUUCUCCUAAGGCCAUUGAGACAACCUCGUGUGAUUGCAGAGAUUGUUGGAGGAAUAUUACUUGGUCCAUCAGCUUUGGGGCGGAAUACAAAAUUUUUGAAUGCAGUUUUCCCACCAAAAAGUAUUACAGUUUUGGAUACUUUGGCAAAUAUUGGUCUCCUAUUCUUCCUGUUCCUUGUAGGUCUAGAGUUAGACACCAAGUCCCUUCGCCGGACGGGAAAAAAGGCUCUUGCCAUUGCCAUGGCAGGAAUUAGCCUACCCUUUGUCCUAGGAAUUGGAACAUCAUUUGCCCUUCGUGAAACUAUCUCCAAAGGUGUUGAAGGACCCCCUUUCCUUGUCUUCAUGGGGGUGGCUCUUUCAAUCACUGCUUUCCCUGUAUUGGCCCGUAUUUUGGCUGAACUGAAGCUUUUAACUACUGAUGUUGGACGGAUGGCAAUGUCAGCGGCUGCAGUGAAUGAUGUGGCUGCAUGGAUUUUACUUGCUCUUGCCAUAGCCCUCUCUGGAAGUGGCAAUUCUCCCCUGGUUGCUUUAUGGGUGCUUUUAUGUGGGAGUGGGUUCAUUAUUUGUUGCUUUUUUAUUUUUCCACCUAUUUUUAAAUGGAUGAAUCAGCGUUGCCCCGAGGGUGAGCCUGUGGAUGAAAUAUAUGUAUGUGCUACUUUAGCUGCCGUUUUGGCUGCUGGGUUUGUUACUGAUUUAAUUGGAAUUCAUGCCCUCUUUGGCGCAUUUGUUGUUGGAGUUCUUGUCCCAAAAGAAGGGCCGUUCGCUGGUGCUCUUGUUGAAAAAGUUGAGGAUCUUGUAUCUGGUCUUCUCCUUCCUCUCUACUUUGUCUCAAGUGGCUUAAAGACCAAUGUGGCCACAAUUCGAGGUGCUCAGUCUUGGGGCCUUCUGGUUUUGGUCAUAUCCACGGCGUGCUUUGGCAAGAUUUUUGGCACCGUUGUUGUCUCCCUCUUCUGCAAGUUACCUUUCCGUGAGGCUGUAGCUCUUGGUUUCCUAAUGAAUACUAAAGGCUUGGUGGAGCUCAUUGUUCUGAACAUUGGCAAAGACAGAAAGGUAUUGAAUGAUCAAACAUUUGCUAUCAUGGUUUUGAUGGCUAUUUUCACAACCUUUAUCACAACACCUAUGGUCAUGGCGGUGUAUAAGCCAGCUAAAAGGGCAAGUAAAUCUGAUUACAAAAACAGGACAAUUGACAGAAAAAACCCGGAUUCUCAGCUUCGUAUUUUGGCCUGUUUCCAUAGUAUGAGGAAUAUCCCCACAAUAAUCAAUCUCAUCGAGGCUUCCCGGGGGAUUGAGAAGAGAGAAGGACUGUGUAUCUAUGCAUUGCACCUUUUGGAGCUAUCAGAAAGGCCAUCUGCAAUACUCAUGGUUCACAAAGCGCGAAAGAACGGCUUACCCUUCUGGAAUAAAUUACAGCAGUCAACAAGCAGUCAGAUUGUAGUUGCUUUUGAGGCUUUCAGGCAGCUCAGCCAUGUAUCUAUUCGCCCAAUGACAGCCAUCUCACCAAUGCAUGACAUGCAUGAGGACAUCUGCGCCAGUGCUGAGAGUAAAAGAGCAGCUAUAAUCAUCCUCCCAUUUCACAAGCACCAGAGAUUGGAUGGAGCAUUGGAUACGACUCGAACUGAAUUUCGUUGGGUUAAUAAGAGGGUUCUUGAGAAUGCAUCAUGCUCAGUGGGGAUUUUGGUGGACCGUGAUCUUGGCGGAAGCACCCAUAUAUCUGCAAGCAAUGUUUCUUCUGUCAUUGUGGUCCUUUUCUUCGGAGGCCGUGAUGACCGUGAAGCCCUUGCUUAUGGGGCACGUAUGGCAGAGCAUCCUGGUAUUACUCUCACCAUUGUUCGCUUCAAAGCAAGCCCUGAGAUGGAAGGGGAAAUCGUUGGACUUGAUAUACAUGAUGACUCUCACGCAUCAGCAAAGUUCACUGACGAUCAAUUUUUGGCAGAAUUCAAGCAAAACACAUUAAAUGAUGAAUCAAUUAAGUUUGAAGAAAGAACAGUGAGAAGUGAUGCAGAAACCAUUAAAGUAGUUAAGGAAUUCAGCCGUUGCAAUCUAUUUCUUGUCGGUCGAACUCCCAUGGGACCUGUAGCUGCAAAUUUGAUUGGAAACGGUGAUUGUCCUGAACUGGGGCGGGCAGGUAAUCUGUUGACAUCUCCAGAUUUCUCGACUUUGGCUUCAGUUUUGGUUGUGCAGCAGUACACUAAUAGUACAUCUCCAAGACCUAGUUCAGUCGCAACAGGAAACGUCGCAGAAGUUCCCCAAUCGCCUUCAGAAAGUGGAUAGGUUCUUGGUUCAUCGUCGUUGUGACCUGAAGAUUACGUACAACAGUGUGCAAUAAUAGAUUAUUAUAAAAAAAAUGUUAAAAGGAUUUCCAACUUUCAUGUUUGGCGUAAACAAAAUGCUGUUCUCAAAAAGACCAGUUGUUAGAUUGUCACAGUGGUUCUUCCUUUACAUAAGACUUGGCUUUACACAUAAAUAAAGUUCUCAUCAUUUCAA